AUGUUAGAUAGAUGUGCAAGAGAGGCAGCGGGCCGAUCUGCCCUCCAUGACGUCAUCACCAGAGCAGAGGAUGGUUUCAGGAGGACAGACCAGCUGCAGAAACAUCUGCAGAACGUCCACCAACAAGGCAGCCUGGACCUCCAGCGACGGGAGGAGCUGGCGGCCGUCCUGCAGGACAGUCUGCAGGAGGUGAAGGAGAGGACGAGUCGGGAGGGCCGCUACGUGGGCUCCAGCGGUCAGCUGCUCCUCUUCCAGACCAACAAACUCAACAGCAGAGCUCAGACCACACUGGAGAACCGCAGCGCAUUGCUCCUGAUUCAGCUGGAGGAGGAGCAGAGGAAUCACCAGGUGUCAAUCACCUUCCUGAAGGAGCAACAGAGGAUGCUGGGAGAGAGGCUGGAGGAGCUGAUGGGGAGGUACGAGGAGGCGCUGGAGGAGAAGCAGGAGCAGCUGGGCUCCCUGAAGACCAGAAGGACCCAGAACCUGCUCCUCCUGAAGGAGCUGGCUCAGAAGUAUAGAGAGAGUGAGCAGGUUGUUAUUCAGGAUAGGGUUGAGAAGGAGAAUCUUCGCAGGAGGCGGGAGUAUGAGGAGCUGCAGAAACAUGCUGCUACCAAGAUCCAGGCGUGGUGGCGGGGCUGUGCGGUUCGCCGCGGGCCCUUGAAGCGAGGGAAGACGAAGGAGAGCAAGAAGAAGACGAAGAAGAAGAAGAAGACAUGACCUUCCUCAUCUUACAGUCAUGGAAACCUUGGGGGGCAUUCUUACUGCAUUCACAGUCUCUGGAUAUUUCAAUGAUG